GCAAGAGAUCUCGCAAAGCAAGCGUCCCAUUCAAUCACACCAGCGCAGAGGUGCUCACACACACAGGGUGAAUGGCUAUGUCUUGGUACACUCACGCUCUUCCUCACUGCUCAAAACGUGAGCACUGAGCCACACCCCCCUCCAGCGCUUCUGUUCGUCCCACGCUUCCUCCCUCAACGCGCGGGACUGGACUAGACGAACAUCGUCUGCCAAUCGUCCAUGCGUCCGACCUCCUGAUAGACCACCCGAUUUGCGAAAAAAAAAAAAAACAUGUCGCGUGUGGAAAAGGGAGGGACGAGGUUUAAACCUCAGAUCAGACCUAGAGCGGGUAUCAGGUCAACUCAGCCUGGUCCAUCUGCCCCUGCUUCUUCGCUGGAAAGCGCGCAGGCCGGCUCUUUAAGCGAAUCGGUCGGCCCUCAGGCACAGCCUCAAGCACAAGCACAAGCAGAAGCACAAGCACAGGCCCAGCCGCAGUCCCAAUCCCAGUCGAAGGAACCGCAUUCCAUCGGAGGUGCGCCAGGUGCGAGUCGGUAUCUUUUUGCGGCUGAAGAAGGGGACGAGGAGGAAGAUCGCUUGCCGACGACGGCUUCCAGUUCGAAGAGCCAGCUACCGCCAAUCAUAGCUUCCAAGUCUGGCCAGAACGUCUCUGCUUCUGCGACUAAAAGGGCAUCGAAGGCCAUCCUUACUCCUACUGCUCCUUCUCCCAGUCCGAGCCCACCUCCGCAAGCCCGUUCUGCUCUCGCUUCGGCUCAGAGCGGGCAGUCGCAAAGCAACGGCGGGACUGGUGCUCUACCGCCACAGCCUCCGGCAGCAGAGGCAGCGGCCAUCGGCGAAAGUCGCGAUGGAAGACAUGGUCAGAGAGAUGAGGAGGUAGGAGCCGCUCUCGACAAGAGCGGAGGCGCAAAAAGUAAUGGGGAUGACUUGUCGAGCAAAGAUCGCGGCGCGGUGGGCUCCAGCGCUGGUGAUGCUGCUUCCCGGCCCUCACUUAGCGCCACGUCACCUCCCUCGACUUCUGGAGCGAGCUCACCUAGCAUCACGCGCGCGCCCAUGCCUCCGCCUCCAGCUCCAGCUUCUCGAACCAGCAGCAACAAUCAGAACAACGUUGCGCACACUCAGUCUUUUGUCAGAGCUCCGCGUACGAUCGGCUUGAUGCCCAUCAAACCCUUGGUGAGCCGAGCUUCGAGUGCGAGUCUUCGAGCUCCCUCCCUCUCCCCCGCUCCUGGUCUGCGCGCAGAUCGAAGCAGCGCAACGCCCGCGCCUUCUGCGGCGGCAAGUGCGAGGCUACGUGGUAUGUCGGCCACCCCGAUGCCUGAAAGUCUCAGCAGGAGGGAAAAUGUGGCCCCACCAGAGAUUUCCAGCGCAAGAAAAGCGAGAGAAGCUUCGGUGCUUUCGGAAGCUGGCAUGAGAGGCGCGACGCCUGCGCGUGUGCAAGCACCGACCUCUCCCGUCGUUGCGAGAGGUGAUGGUGCGGCGACAGUCGAACGUGGUGCUUUGUCUGACAUUGAGCCUGCCCAAAGUGCAACAUCAACCAAAGCCCGUGCGCCUUGGGAGGUGGCCAGUGUUGAGACGAGCGCUGGGGAACAAAUUGAGGUGGGAAGCGCGCCGUGGGACGCGCUGGUCCGUGGCGAAGCGGCUACAGGCGUUCCGCAGAACGAGCAAGCUGCUCCGCCAAAGCGGCCAAGGGGCAGACCUAAGAAAUCCACUGCAGCUGUCGAUGCAGCUGCCAAUGGAGACUCCGAUAGACAAGCGGAGAUCGGAAGCGAGGUACCUCAGAGGCGGCCAAGAGGUAGACCCAAGAAGCUCAACAGUGCUGCUGCCGCUUCUGUCGACACUGAGGUGGGGAGCAAUGCUGGUCCGGCCAGUCAAGGCGAAGCGCCUGCCAAGCGCCCAAGAGGCAGACCCAGGAAAGCUGGCGCUGCUACUGCUGCCGUUUCUGCCCCACAGCAUCAAGAACAAGAGACAAGUGCAGAUGGAUCGCGCAAGUCGAGAUCUCGUGCGGAAAUCGUCUCUCCUCUGCGCGGCGAGAGCACUUCGCAGGCGCACUUGGAUGGCGAUGCAGAGGAACAGGCCGAAGAAGCCUCGGAUGAUUCGGCAGAAGAGUACUUUCCUUCUGUUACGGCUCGUCGAGGACGAGGGCGAGGAGGCGGGCGCACAAGUGGAGGGGCAGAUACUCGACAAAGCACGGAAGACGCUUCUGCUUCUGCGCAUCCUGUCCCAGAGAGCGGGAAGAGCAAAAGACGCGCCAAGUUGAAGCUGCCCGACGAUGCGCCCAAGAGGCCCGCGAAUGCGUACAUGCGCUUCAGCGCUCAGCAACGAGCUCUGCACUGGGCAGAUCAGAAUGGAGCUUCGUUCGGCGAGGUUGCGCAGAAGAUUGCUGAGAGGUGGGCCGAAGUGUCUGCAGCCGAGAAGGGCGAGAGGGCUCAGAGGGCCAAGCAGGAGCUGGAGGCAUGGAGGAUCAACAUGGCGCAGUGGAAGAGAGACAACCCUGAAUGGGCGGAAAAGCUCGAUGCGCGCAAACGCAAGAAGGGCACUUUGACGGAUGGAGAGACUGCGGAUGAGGGCGCCACGACCGAUGCGAGUGCAGGUGCCACCGAGCGCAAAGCAACCAAGACUCCUCGCAAGCGAUCUGUACGAAAGCCGACGCAUGGCGAAGGGUCGGACAGUGAAGCUGGCUCGACAAAGCGUCGAAGAGGUGGAGGGAAACGAAAGGAUGUCGGUAUCAGCGAUGACGAGUCUGCUUAUGCGGCCGAACUGGCUGCGGUGGGCGGCAAUGAGCGCUUGUUGGAAGUGAGCCAAGGCACGCGCAUGGCCGAACUCUCCCAACCCGAAGUGAGGAUGGGCAGAGCUGGAGCGAGGACGUUCGAACUGCGCAGAACGUACAGAAAGAUGAUCAAGGAUAAGAAAAAGGAGCUGCCGGAAAGGAGAAUGCUGGCUGCUAGAAAGGACAAGGGAUCGUUGCGCGCAGAGGAGCUGGAAGAAGAAGAGCGCAGAAAGAGAUCGUCGAAAAGCCUGCCGGCUGCCCGCAAAGAGGUGCAACAAGCACAGAAUGAGGACGAGGUUGAAGAAGAGGAGGUGUUCGAUGUGGAUAGCGAUGGGGAACCUAUCGCGCCCUCUUCUCCUGCCGGGUCUGCUUCUCCCACUCCAUCCGGCUUCUCCAACAACUCCUCUGCACACGCCCUGAAGAACAACAAGAACAGCGUGCAGGUCAGAAUGUCGAACGGCAGAUUGGUGCUAGAUGAGAGCACCCUGCAGGUCGAUAGAGCUGCAGAGUACGAGGGCGAGGAUCGUAUUGUCAUUGAGGAGAACGAGAAGGAUAAAUUCAUCAACUCGGCGAGCUUCAGCGAUCGGAGAGGUCAUCAGCGCUGGGACAAGGAGCAGACGCUUGCCUUCUACGCCGUAAGUAUCUCAUUCUCGACGCGCAGAGAUUGUCCACUGUGCUGCUUCCUGAUCGCAUGCUGCUCGUUGGUUAUUCUUUACAGGCUGUAUCGCAAUGGGGCACGGACUUUGAGAUGAUAGCCCGCAUGUUUCCCUCCCGCACGCGCAAAGAGAUCAAGCAAAAGUGGACGAGCGAAGAGAGACGCAAUGCGCACAUGAUCGAUGCGGCCUUUGCGCGCCGAUUGCCAGUGGACCUGC